AGCAGCCCAAGUUUUAAAGGGCAGAGUUGUAAAAACUCCCAGGCUGUGGGGAGUUAGCUUGAUAGCCUGCGAAUCGGAAUUUAACUAAACCCCACUGAAGCAAACUCGCCUGGAGCGCUAUAAAGACGACGACAUUUUUUUAAAAUCUCCUCUAGAAAGCAAGCGUAACGUUGGCUGGAGCGGACUCUGGCUGGUGAAAGAAGGACCUGCUGUGAAUUUACAUGAUCAAGAAUCUACCCCUGCUGCAGGAAGGAUAUUCAUUUUGGCAACCAGCACUCAGUUUUUUCAUCACGCCGAUCACUGCUGCCUUGGAGGUUUUUGCAACGCUCGGAAAAAGCAACUCUGUGACGGAAAAAGAAUCGCCCUCGCCACUGAAGCAGCUAUGCAGCUUGAAAUUCAAGUAGCACUCAACUUUAUUAUUUCCUAUUUAUACAACAAACUCCCUCGACGACGCGUGAAUAUCUUCGGCGAAGAGCUCGAGAGGCAGCUGAAGAAAAAAUAUGAAGGCCACUGGUAUCCGGAUAAGCCAUACAAAGGUUCAGGGUUCAGGUGCAUCCAUGUAGGGGAGAAAGUGGACCCUGUGGUGGAGCAGGCAGCCAAAGAGAGCGGGCUGGACAUCGAAGACGUCCGGAAUAAUCUCCCUCAGGACCUUAGUGUGUGGAUCGACCCGUUUGAGGUUUCCUACCAGAUUGGGGAGAAGGGACCGGUCAAGGUGCUAUAUGUGGAUGAUAACAAUGAGAACGGGUCAGAGCUGGACAAGGAGAUCAAGAACAGCUUUAAUCCUGAGGCCCAGGUCUUCAUGCCAAUCAGCGACCCCGUCGGUGCUUCCUCAGAGUCCAGCUCCCCCUCCCCUCCUUUUGGUCAGUCCGCUGCUGUGAGCCCCUCCUUCAUGCCACGCUCCACCCAGCCCUUAACCUUCACCACUGCCACCUUCGCCGCCACCAAAUUCGGCUCCACCAAGAUGAAGAGCAGCGGCCGCGGCAACAACGCUAGCGGCGGCAGUAGCAGCAAGGUGGCCCGCACCUCCCCUACCAAUAACCUGGGUCUGAAUGUCAACACCCUGCUGAAGCAGAAAGCCAUCUCCACCUCCAUGCACUCACUGUACGGGCUGGGCCUGGGUCAGCAGCAGCAGCAGCAGCAGCAGCAACAGAAGGCCUCUGCUCUUUCCCCCAACGCCAAGGAGUUUGUGUUCCCCAGCCUCCAGGGCCAGGCCAGCCCUGGAACUGUGUUCCCUGGGGAGGGCUCCCUUGGACUCGGCCCUCUGCAGUACAACAAUGCCUUUGACAUGUUUGCAGCCUACGGAAGCCUCAACGACAAGUCCCUUAUGGAUGGCCUCAACUUCAGUCUGAGCAACAUGCAGUAUUCUAACCAGCAAUUCCAGCCAGUCAUGGCUAACUAAACUCAUCAUCACGAUGUUAUUUAUGAAUGAUGGUGGCUCAAAGAGAAGGAAAAACAAACGCACACUUUAGAAACCGGACUUUAAAGGAUGUAGUGUCUAGUCAGUCAAGCGCAUGUGCCCAAGGGUGUUUUUUACUGUGCCCCCUUGAGUUUGUUUCUACUAAAAGCUUGUUGUACAAACACAUCCAAGCUUGGUUACUUCAAUUCAACAUGCAUCAUUGUUUUUCUUCCUUUUUUGCCAACCAAGCACAAAAUUUUUUACCAUGUUGAGAAAAAUUCUCCAAAAACUUAAAAGGAAAAAAAAAUACGAGCUUCAAGUUUUGGCCUCUUACAGUAUUUUACAGGUGGUAAGACAAGGCUGAUUUUUAUGAAUUGGCACUACUAAGUGGGGUUACUUGGUCUUUUUCUAAUUGUAUAAUUUAAUUUAGUACAGAGUUUGUAAGAUAUCAGAGUAUAUA